AUGGCAGCAUCCGCCGCGAACAUCAGCGCAUACAAUCUGUCCCUGCCUGGCGGCACAUACACUGACGGUCCGCACGAGCUGCCUUGGAAUACAUACAACUACUGCUCUGCGCCAAGAGUGUCUAGGGAGCAUUAUGCACUACCUGAGGCAUCUCCUCAAGCUAAAUUGAAGCACCUCAUCUAUAUCCAGCGACACGAGAAGCGCACGCCUGACAAUCUCGUGCCUGGCAAGGAGAAUGAGUUUAACCCGCCGACGGGUUGGGACUGCACCGAUAUAGAGUACACAAAUUAUGCCACGGGUAUGCGGGCCGCUAGCUUGGCGCCAGUAGCGCAGAUAGACCCUCGCACUAGCACUCCCCCAUGGCAUCCGUUCCUCCAGCGUAUCUGGAAUGGGACGUGUGACAGCGGUACACUCACAGCGGGUGGACUGAUUAACGCCUUUAAGCACGGUCAAGAUUGGAUUGGCGUGUACGGACCUGGAGGACCUGCGGAGCUUGUAGAUGCCGUCAGCGAGGAAACGGUGCGUGUACGUACGAGUCCCGAGCCCCGCACGUUUCAAGUCAGCGGCGCAUUCCUAAAAGGUGCAGGGUACACAGAAGACAAACAUUUCCCGGUAGAGAUCCAGCCUAGCAACAUUGAUAGUAUUGUGCCUAGCUACUCUUGCGCGUAUGCAAAUGAUCUUCGGGCCAAGAUCGAGGAGGAGCAGUCUUGGAAAAAUCACCUCGGCAACAUCUCCGGCACUUUUGACGCGGUCAACGAGGUGCUCGGGACUGCAAAGGAAGCUGGCUGGAACUCCUGGAUCGACCACGCCUUUGACUUUUUGGCUUCUAGGCAAUGCCACGGUCACCCUCUCCCCACCAACCCGAACACCGGCGCCAGCAUAGAUCAAAAGACUGCGAGCAAUGUAUAUGCUGCGGGCGACUUCGAGUACAACUACAUCUGGAAUGCAUCUCCCCUCUCCGAUGAUUACGUUCGGUAUAGCUUCGGCGCCUUUAUUCUUGAGCUCUUGCGCGACUUGUCCUUCAUUCGAGAUGGCAAGAAUGCACACAAGGCGAAUCUCUACAUCGGUCAUGACGGCACCAUGGUGCGUCUGCUCAAGAGUCUUGCCCAAAGCGGCACUAUUCGCUGGCCUGCGCUCGGAAGCGAAGUCAUCUUUGAGAUUUGGGAACAGCAGACCAACACCGAGUCGGGUGCUGCUCCGAAGCAACACGUCAGAAUUUUGGCCUACGGUCAAGUGCUCACAUCCGAGGCAAAGCUGCUCACGGGCCGUGAAGGUCCGGCGUUGGCGGAAUGGACGCCCAUCGACGAUGUCAUCACCUACCUUCAGGACAGAAUACCUGCAGAUUUGGUGGCGCGCUGCAAUGGCAGCUGA